CGCAGUGGACGAACAGCGGCGCGCCUCUCUACUUCUCGCUGCGCACCGCCUCGAGCGGCGGCCGAGGGGCGGGCAGAUCUCACCGCGCGAUUACAUUUACCAGCAGGUUGGGAUAAUACGGCGAUUUUUGAACUUUAAUAUCUCGAUAACUAUUCUUCCAAGUACAAAAUGGUAGAGGACUUUUCUGUUUGUCUUCUCUCUUUCCAUGAAUGGCGGUCAAAAAGUUGCGGAGCACCUUGUAUAUAUCAUGUUUAGCAUUUGAUGAUUGGGAUUUAGACUUUUAUACAGAUUUAUUUCUCCAAAAAUUAAAACGGAAUCCAACUAGUGUAGAAUGUUUUGAUCUUGCUCAAUCUAAUAGUGAACAUAGUCGUCACUGGUUCUUUAAAGGACGUAUUAUUUUGGAUGGCAAAGAAGAAAAACAAUCCCUAAUUGACAUGAUUAUGGAUACGCAGAAUUAUUCUAACCCAAACAAUAUAAUUAAAUUCAGUGAUAAUAGCAGCGCAAUAGAAGGAUUUAAAAUUCCUGUAUUACGUCCUACUAAAUCUCAAGAGUGCAGUAACUUUCACUUGGAAGACAUCAAACAGCAUCUUAUUUUUACAGCAGAAACGCAUAACUUUCCAACCGGUGUAGCACCUUUCAGGUAUGUUUAAAUUAAAUACAAUAAAAG